AUGGAAGGACCUACUACUCUGAAUUAUCGCAAAAGUUUCAGUAAGGGUAAUGGAGUUAAACCCGUGGAGAGCCAGGGUCCACCUAAGCUGGAGACGCCUCCACCCAAGUUUGUUGAAGCUUCGAGCCAGGAGUAUAAUAUGUUGGCCAGCGAGAAGUUGCCGAACCAUGAGAGUCUGGACUUGUUCCACCGGGCUGUGUAUCCUUUUAUGUUUCUGGCCCAAUACUUCGCUGUGAUGCCUUUGCUUGGCAUUCGAGCUUCAAAUCCGCGUAGAGUGCGCUUUGCCUAUAAAUCUUUGCCCAUGAUAGUCACCCUGAUCUUCAUGGCUGCCACCAGCAUCAUGUUUCUGGGUAUGUUUCUGCACCUCGUGAAGAUUGGAAUCAGCGCCAAGAAUUUUGUGGGUCUAGUUUUCUUUGGCUGUGUGCUGUCUGCCUAUGUAAUCUUCAUUCGUCUGGCUCGACACUGGCCUCCACUUAUCCGUUACUGGACCAAAACAGAGAUGGUCUUUACCAGGCCGCCAUAUGAGAUAACCAAAAGGAAUCUAUCGCGCAGAGUGCAGUUGGCUGCCUUGGCCAUCAUUGGCUUGUCUUUGGGUGAACAUGCUUUGUACCAAGUAUCGGCAAUUUUGAGCUAUAAGCGUCGUAUACAGAUCUGCGGCAAUAUAACCGCUGGGCCAACUUUGGAUGAUUAUAUACAAAGGAACUAUGACUAUGUAUUUCAACUGCUGCCCUACAGCUCUGUUGUUGCUGUUUUUAUACUGUUACUAAACGGCGCCUUCACCUUCGUUUGGAACUACAUGGACCUGUUCAUCAUGAUGGUCAGCAAGGGUCUGUCCUAUCGCUUUGAGCAGAUAACUAAUCGUAUUCGUAAGCUGGAGCACGAGGAGGUACCCGAAUCCACAUUUAUUCAAAUCCGGGAGCACUACGUUAGGAUGUGUGAGCUUCUUGAGUUUGUGGACAGCGCCAUGUCCAACCUAAUAUUACUUUCCUGUGUAAAUAACUUGUACUUUGUGUGCUACCAGCUGCUCAAUGUGUUCAACAAACUCCGCUGGCCGAUUAAUUAUAUAUACUUCUGGUAUUCCCUGCUGUACCUUAUUGGACGCACCGCUUUUGUGUUCCUUACGGCUGCCGACAUCAAUGAGGAGUCGAAGCGUGGCCUCGGUAUCCUGCGACGGGUGUCCAGCCGUAGCUGGUGCGUGGAGGUGGAGCGCCUGAUAUUUCAGAUGACCACUCAGACGGUGGCCCUGUCCGGCAAGAAGUUCUACUUCCUCACCCGACGCCUGCUCUUUGGGAUGGCAGGAACUAUUGUCACCUACGAGCUGGUCCUGCUGCAAUUCGAUGAACCCAAUCGACGCAAAGGACUGCAGCCCCUGUGCGCCUGAUGGACGCCAACUGCACACUCGCACACAUCAAACUCAUCCCCCACAUUGCCACCGCCUUCCCAUUUGUCAUGUCAGCUGCC